AUGUUUCGACUUUUGUUCGUAAAGUCCAAUUUGAAAAAUUUCAAGAGUCCUACAUGGAGAACGUCGCUCUCAAGAAGCAUGUCAACCCAAGCUUUAGUAAAGUACAAUUGGGAAGACCCACUCACUCUUGAAUCACAACUGACUGAAGAAGAAAUUGCUAUAAGAAAUUCCGCCCGUCAAUACUGUCAAGAAAAGUUAUUUCCAAGAAUUUUGGAGGCUUAUCGUCAAGAAAGAUUUGACCGUGAGAUUAUUACAGAAAUGGGCGAAUUAGGUUUACUUGGCUCUACUAUUCAAGGAUACGGUUGUUCAGGCGUUUCUUCUAUAGCAUAUGGACUUGUUGCCCGUGAAGUGGAAAGAAUAGAUAGUGGUUAUCGAUCUGCAAUGAGUGUACAAUCAUCACUUGUCAUGUACCCUAUAUACGCUUUUGGUAGUGAAGAACAGAAACAAAAGUAUUUGCCAAGAUUAGCAAAAGGUGAAAUUGUUGGUGCUUUUGGGUUAACAGAACCUAACCACGGCUCUGAUGUUGGUGGCAUGCAAACUUAUUCACUUAAGAAAAAUAGAGUUCAUAUAUUACAUGGAUCGAAAACUUGGAUUACUAAUUCUCCAAUAGCGGAUAUAUUUAUUGUUUGGGCAAUGUCUAAAGAAGAUCAUAAAAUACGAGGGUUUAUUUUAGAAAAGGGUAUGAAAGGGUUAGAGACACCAACAAUUAAAGGUAAGUUGUCACUUCGAGCUUCCACUACUGGAAUGAUCAUGAUGGAUAACGUAGAAGUUCCCGAAGAGAAUUUACUCCCACACGGACCCUUUAGUUGUCUUAAUAAUGCACGAUUUGGAAUCGCAUGGGGUGUGCUUGGAGCUUCAGAAUUUUGCUUGGCUCAAGCUCGUGAGUAUGCCCUUAAUCGAAAUCAGUUUGGUGUUCCGUUGGCCAGGUUUCAAUUGAUUCAGAAGAAAUUUGCUGACGCAAAUACGGAGAUUGCUAUCGGCCUUAUGGCUUGCCUUCAAGUAGGAAGACUAAAAGAUUUAGGAAAAUGCGCACCUGAAAUGAUUUCGCUUGUGAAGCGUAAUUCCUGUGGAAAAGCCCUGGAAAUUGCGCGUUCCAUGCGAGAAGUUUUAGGAGGUAAUGGAAUAAGCGAUGAAUAUCAUAUAAUUAGACAUGAACAAAAUUUAUGUACAACUAAUACUUAUGAAGGUACACAUGAUAUCCAUGCUCUUAUACUGGGCAGGGCUAUCACUGGCAUUCAAGCAUUCACUGCGUCUUAA